GUUCGUUAACAAAUGAAUAUUUAGAUGUGAGACGAUACCGGUGAUUCAUUGCUGCUCUGGUGCGCUCAAUCCCGUUCACUGGGACUUUGUCGUCAAUUUUUUGCAGCGCUUUUUUCGCACAUACCCACUAAACGAGUGUUAUCGCGUUCCUUCAACCCAUUUUCACUCUUCCAGAUUUCUUUUUGAGCUAAAUUUUUAUCUGAAACAUAUGAUUCCUGCAUACAUUAUCGAUUUUUUGAAAUCAGUUUGGGGAGAUCGAGUACGAUUCACUCGCGUAUAUAACAAGGUUCUAAAACUGGUUGAAACGCUGCAUUAUUUUACAACGCGUGGUUGGAAUUUUGAAUCGAAAGGCCUAAUCGAUUUAUGGGAUUCAGCUACUGAUGAAGAUAAAAGGAUUUUUAAUUUCGAUGUUCGACAAUUAGAUUGGAAUUCUUAUCUUUUUGAUUAUCUUAUGGGCGUCAAACGCUACGUUGAAGUUGUAUUCGGCAGUUAUCAGUGCGCUGUUGUGGUGGAUUUCUAUACGCAUGUUUGCAAGGUUAAAAAUUGAUA